AUGGAGUUGCGCGUGAUCACGCUCAACGCAUGGGGCCUGUGGGUGGUGGCCAAGCGGCGGCAGGAGCGGGUGGCGGCGCUGGCGCAGUUCCUGCGCAGGCAAGCAUCUGUGCACCUCAUUGACUCCUGCCUCGCCGCCUGCACCGCCGACGUGAUGCUGCUCCAGGAGGUGUGGGUGGCGGCCGAUGUGGAGCUGCUGCGCCAGGCAGCCGCCGAGGGCGGGCUGCCCCACAGCUUCCACUUCCUGUGUGGCGCCAUCGGCAGCGGCCUGCUGCUGCUCAGCCGCUUCCGCAUCGCCCAGGUCGCGUUCCAACCUUACACCGCCCGCGGCGACCCGUUUGCUGUGCUGAAUGGCGAUUAUUUUGCAGGGAAAGGCGUGGGCUGGGCUGCCCUGGACACCCCGGCCGGCACCAUCAGCGUGUUCAACACACACCUGAGCGCCAACUAUGGGCAGCGGUGGCAGACGGGGGCCAGGGGGCUGCCGCCGCACUGCCGCCUGCCUCGGGACAGCCUGGCGGGAGUGCGCCUGCUGCAGGUGCUUGAGCUGGCGGCGUUUGUGCGCAGCCACGGCAGGGGCAGCGCGGCCACUGUGCUGGCUGGGGACUUGAACGCCGCGCCCGACACUCUAGAGCUUGCGCUGCUCAAGGCACUGCUGCCACACCUGCGGGAUGCGUGGGCGGAGGCGCAGCCGCUGCGGCUGGGGGCCACUGCCAACGCGCUGGAGAACAGCUUCACGACGGCGGGGGCAGGCCACACGCCCAGCCGCAUCGAUUACGUCCUGUCCACGUGUGCCGCGGUGAGCGCUGAGCUGGCGCUGGCUGACACUGGCCUUGGCUUCAGCUACUCAGACCACGUGGGCGUGGCAGCCACGCUGAGCCUGGGAGGCGGCGCCAGCAGUGGCUCGGGCGCCAGCAGCGACGAAGACGCAGAGUUCACUCUGGUCAGCGGCGGCGGCGGCGAAGGCGGCGGCGGCGGCUCGCCCCAGGCGCGGCCGCUGGCGCCACGCAGCGCCGCGCUGCUGACGCUGGCGGAGCUGAUGCGACGGCGGCCGCAGCCCUUCCAGCACGCGGCGGCCUCAAUCGAGCAGACGGCGCUGGGCAUGGCUCGGGGGCGCCGCCGCUCCCUGCGCCUGGCUGCCGGCCUGUGGGCCGCCGGGCUUGGCUGCCUGGGCACGCUGGCGGCGCAGCCCUGGUGGGCGGAGCGGGCGGCGGCAGAGGCGCAGGCGCACCACCUGGCGCUGCUGGGAGGCAUGGGCACGGCGCUGGGCUGGGCAGGGGUGGUGUUUGUGGGCGGCUUUGUGGCGCGGGGCAUGGAGCUGCGUGCGCUGCAGCAGGCUGCCUGCCAGCUGCGGCUCACUGUGGGCGCGGCGGCGGUGCAGGCGUGCGAGCUCAGCCCCUCGCGCUACCUCACCUGCCUGCGCGAGUCGGCGGCGGCGCCCGACUGCGACUGA